UGACGUCGCAUUUGUCGACUGGGGACACAAGGACACAAGCAUGGGUCGAACUCCAAAAUAACGAAUCUGUCACAUUUUUAACAAAGGAAACUUUUAGAAUUUACUCCAGGAAUAUAAUUCUUAUACGAUUUGACAAAAAAAAUUACCUGGAUAAAAUAUUGCAUCGUCGGAAGAAUACGAGAGUUCAAAGUUAUGAUACACGAAUAAUGUUAUAACUUGCCUCUGUUCCGAUGAUCAGCUGAUCGCAACCGAUAUCAAUAGAAUCAUCGAUACGAAGCUUUCGAACGUUACAAUCCGAAGAAUUUCUAUUUGGAAACCACACAAGAUUAUCGAUAGACCACUUGCAGAUCAAUGCUGAGAUCCUUCUCUAAGCGAAUCAAUUGGAAUUACAAAAAGUUGAAAAAUCUUGUUCCACAAUUCAUUUGUCGUGCUGAAUUCAGCCAGAGUGGAGAGACAAAAAUGGUUAAGUAUUUAAAACAAGAAGAAGCUAGCAAUAUUGACCAGGAUUUGUUUAACAAGUGUAAAUUCAGCGUGGACCAAUUGAUGGAAUUAGCUGGUCAAAGUUGUGCAAUAGCAAUUGCAAAGUGUUAUCCCACUUUGAAAGGAUCCAAAAAGGUCUUGGUUUGUUGCGGUCCAGGUAACAACGGAGGAGAUGGUUUAGUAUGCGCCAGGCAUCUCGCUCUUUUGGGCUACGAGCCUCGAGUCUAUUGUCCCAAGAAACCAAAAACUAUUCUCCAAGAGAAUCUUCUGCAUCAGUGCAAGGAAAAUGACAUUGCUGUCCUUGAGAGCGUAGAGGAUUUUGCUACGGCCAACGAAUACAUGCUAGUGGUCGACGCACUUUUUGGAUUCAGUUUCAAGCCACCAAUUAGAAAUGAAUUUAUACCGAUCAUUGAUUUUCUUAAAAAGACUAAUAUUCCUAUAUGCAGUAUCGAUAUCCCAUCUGGCUGGCACGUUGAAACUGGGCCAUCCAUCAAAGACGAUAUAAAACCUGAAAUGCUCGUUUCUUUGACAGCUCCAAAAUUAUGUGCAAAAUACUUCAACGGUAAAUAUCACUAUCUAGGAGGACGGUUCAUACCAAAGAAAAUGCAACUCGAAUAUGGGCUUGAUUUACCUGCAUAUCCUGGUACCGAGCUCGUUGUACUAUUGUAAAAAACUUAUUGUUGAUAGUACGGCUUUCUAUCGUUCUGUAACGAAGCAAGCAAGGGACGAAAGAACACAUAUCGAUGGAGCUAUUCCGAUCAAUCGGUAAUGCAGAUUUCGAUUGUCGAUAACGUGGUGUUGGUAACGUUGUUCUGCACGAGGUUUUCAAAUAAAGUCCUCUACGGAUGCCGAAUCGUCUGCUAACUGGGUAUUUUGAGAUGAAAGAAUAUCAAUAUUCGAUAAGGAAGAGCAUGCGGCUUUGACAGAAUCACUUGAAGGAAUGAGCUGAUUCGGAAUUCCACCGCUGGCUGACUUCGUCAAAAAGAGUUUUUCAUGUUAUAAAUUAUCGAGAAUUCUAUACAUAAAAAAUAUUCAAAAACACUAAUAAAAUCUACUAACGGUUA